UCCUUCCUCGUUCCCUCCUUCCGCCAACGCAGAUACGCGGACCAACUACUACUGUACGCCCUGUGGAAUAAAACUACUCUCUCCCUGUUUCUAUUUUUCGCCGGAAUAUUUUAAAUGGACCCCAACCGCCGGCCAACUAAACCACCGCGUUCCCCCUCCGCGCAAGGUGGCCUCCACCAAAGGCAAGCUGUAGCCGACGACCGCUCUCCAUCUCCCACUCCGAAAGCGUCGGACGCCCUUCCGCUGCCACUGUAUCUUACUAAUGCAAUUUUCUUCACGCUGUUCUUCUCGGUGGCAUAUUACCUUCUCCACCGGUGGCGUGACAAGAUCCGCAACUCUACUCCCCUCCACAUCGUUACCCUCUCUGAGAUUGCCGCCAUUGUCUCCCUCAUUGCUUCCUUCAUUUAUCUCCUCGGAUUCUUUGGAAUCGAUUUUGUUCAAUCAUUUAUUGCACGCGCCUCCCAUGAUGCGUGGGACCUCGACGAUACGGAUCCCGCCUACCUUAUCAACGAAGAUCACCGUCUCGUUACGUGCCCUCCCGCAACUAUCGCUACCAUUACCACCGGACCUCCCAAAUUGCCGCCUCCGGAUCUCAUAGUCGCACCUUUAGCCUCGGAGGAUGACGAAAACAUCGUCAAAUCCGUCGUGAAUGGAACGAUUCCUUCCUAUUCUCUGGAAUCAAAGCUCGGGGAUUGCAAACGAGCGGCAACAAUUCGACGCGAGGCUUUGCAAAGGACGACAGGAAGGUCGCUGGAUGGUUUACCAGUGGAUGGGUUCGAUUACGAGUCGAUUCUAGGGCAGUGCUGUGAAAUGCCAGUCGGAUACGUGCAGAUUCCAGUAGGAAUUGCGGGACCGCUAUUGCUAGACGGACGCGAGUACUCUGUUCCGAUGGCGACUACGGAGGGUUGUUUGGUGGCGAGCACCAAUAGAGGGUGUAAGGCGAUCUACUUGUCAGGUGGGGCUACCAGCGUGUUGUUGAAAGAUUGCAUGACAAGAGCGCCUGUUGUUCGUUUUGAAUCAGUGACAAGAGCUGCAGAUUUGAAGUUCUUUUUGGAGAAUCCUGAAAAUUUUGACACCUUGGCCGUUGUCUUUAACAGGUCAAGUAGAUUUGCGAGGCUCCAAGGCGUUAAAUGUGCUAUUGCCGGCAAGAAUGUUUAUGUAAGAUUUAGUUGCAGCACUGGUGAUGCAAUGGGGAUGAACAUGGUUUCCAAAGGGGUGCAAAACGUUCUUGAAUUCCUUAAGAAUGAUUUCCCUGACAUGCGUCUUGCUGGCAUCUCAGGAAAUUAUUGUUCGGACAAGAAACCUGCUGCUGUAAACUGGAUUGAAGGAAGGGGCAAAUCAGUUGUUUGUGAGGCAAUUAUCAAGGAAGAGGUGGUGAAAAAUGUAUUAAAAACCAAUGUUGCUUCCCUAGUGGAGCUCAACAUGCUAAAAAAUCUUGCUGGUUCUGCUAUUGCUGGUGCUCUGGGUGGGUUUAAUGCUCAUGCAGGAAACAUUGUCUCUGCAAUCUUUAUUGCAACUGGCCAGGAUCCAGCACAGAAUAUUGAGAGUUCUCACUGCAUUACGAUGAUGGAAGCUGUUAAUGAUGGAAAGGAUCUCCAUGUCUCAGUGUCAAUGCCUUCCAUUGAGGUGGGUACAGUUGGAGGAGGAACUCAACUUGCAUCUCAGUCUGCUUGUCUAAAUUUGCUUGGGGUGAAGGGGGCAAGCAAAGAGUCACCAGGAUCAAACUCAAGGCUCCUUGCCACCAUAGUAGCUGGUUCAGUUUUGGCCGGUGAGCUGUCUCUGAUGUCUGCCAUUGCAGCUGGGCAGCUUGUCAACAGCCACAUGAAAUACAAUAGAUCCAGCAAAGAUGUAUCGAGAGUUGCAUCAUAAGUGGAAAGAAAGUGGUCCCAGCAAUGAAAAGGGUUUAGAAAUAAGAAGUGGAGGAGACUGGUUGUGGGAAGGUAAAAAAAGACAAAUGGGGAUCAAGAGAGAAAAAAAAAAAAAAAUCAAAGCGUUGGUGCCCCAUGUGAGAUUGCUUCUCUCAUUCAUAGCUGUAAAGUUGCUAUUAUAUUCAAGUGUUGAGACAGGGGAUUCAUGCUUUGACCCCUCCUCCAUUUGUGAGUAGUCGGUUAAAAAAAAAAAAAAAAAAAAAAAAA